AAACAUGAAUGGUAGUAUUAAUUCCACCAUGUUUACAAUUGUUAUCGGGAAAACGUAAUUUAACUAUCACAUCUGAUUGUCACGCUUGAGCAGCAGCUGUUUUCGGACCGGACCGAAUCCUGGAGUGAUGAUGGUAUUGGAAGUAACCUUCUCUCACCGGUGCCGACGGCAAUCGCGCGAUCGUCGCGCGCAACGGAACGCGGUGUGAUCCGACCGUUUGGAUUUUUCGCGCUAAAUCACUCGUUUUAAGACUCGCGCGCGAGGCCGUCGCAAAACCUGCGAUGUUUUACCUGCCGUAGACGGUCGCAACAUGUUCGUGACGAACCUGAAGAAGGAUUUCUACGAUGUGAUACAAAGAAGCAGGUGUUUACUUUUAGUGAACUUUGAUGUUGAUGCAAUCUGUGCCUGUAGAAUAUUGCAACAACUUUUAAAAAAUGAUCAUAUGAUAUAUACUCUUGUAUCUGUUCGAGGUAUUCAGGAUAUGAUAAAUGCUUUUGAUGAAAAUUGUGAAGAGAUAAAAAAUGUUGUUAUGAUAAACUGUGGUGGUACUCUAGAUUUAGUGGAAUUACUUCAACCAGACGAAUCUGUGGUAUUUUUUAUUCUCGACAGUCAUAGACCUUAUGAUUUAACUAAUAUAUAUUCAGAAAAUCAAAUACGUAUUCUUAAUAAACCUGACGAAGACAAUGAGAUUCCAGAAUAUAACGAUAUAUAUCGAGAUGAUAGUUCAGAUGAAGAGGAGGCAAAUGAUGAAUCAGAUGAUGAAACUGAAGGCAGGCAUAGUAAAAGGCGAAGGUUGAAUGAAGAAGAUAUAUUAAAGCGAAGCGAACGAAGAAAAUGGGUUGAAAACAGAGAAACAGUUCUUUUUAAUUAUUCACAAUACAGUUACUAUGGCAAAUCAAGCGCAAUAGUGGUAUUUGAAAUAGCUUGGAAUAUGUCAAAGGAUAAUUUAGACAUGGCAUGGUGGGCCAUAAUUGGUUCCACAGAACAAUCUAUCCUCAGCAAGGUGGAGUCACGAAUAACCGUUCUUGAGGAAGGUUCUCUUCAGGCACAUGUUUCAAGAUUAACACACAGACAAGGAGUUGAUAUUGACAAGCAACAGCAGCAACAGAGUAUUGUUAAGGUUACUUACGAUAAAGAUCUGCAAUUAGCAUUAUAUCGUCACUGGACUGUUGAAGCCAGCUUGAAAUAUUCAAUGCCAACUGCAGUGUCAUUACGUUUAUGGUCUAUUAGAGGGGAACAGCGUUUGAAGGAAGUUUUAGCUGAAAUGGGAUUACCUCUGGUGCAAUCCAAACAAUUAUUUCGUGCAAUGGAUCUUACUUUUAGACAAGAAUUUAAGCAGAUGGUUGAAAAAUUAGCUGGCAAAUAUAAUGUCAAUAGCAUCAUUGGCACUAGUUUUACUCUUCAAUAUGGUUAUCGUUUUAAAUAUUGUGCAUCAGAUAUGGUAUAUGCUAUGUUGGCUUUGCUGGAUUCGACGACAAAGGACAGACAACCACAACGUUGUUUCUUAGACGCGCUAGACUGUUUAUCACGUACAAAAAAGGAUGUUUUAGAAAGUGGCAUUGAAAAAGCAAAGCUUAUGCUUCAUAACAUCUUUAAAACUGCACAGAAUAUAUUAGAAGCUAAACAAGUAAAGAAUUUUGGUUCCUUUUUAUAUAUCAAUGUGCCGGAUGGGAAUGUAGAUAAUUAUUUAUUUGCACAUCCUCAUCCUUUGAUUAUGCUGGCUCAGUUUGCUCUCAAAGCAUAUGUAAAUUCUUCAAGAAAUAGACGCGCUUCUGAGUGGCCUCUUGUGGCCUCUGCGAUAUUUGACGCAGAGGAAGGAUCGUGCCUUCUUGUUGGUAUACCGCCAGUUUGUGAAGAUCAACCCAGAAGUUUAUUUGGGAAAGCAUUCGAGCAAACUGCAAAGAAUAAAAAUUGUUACAUUGAGGCAGACUACUUUGAUAGUACAAUAAUAAGACUGAAAAUCGAGGAAAGACCCAAGUUUCUCGAUGCUUUAGCAGCACUUCUUGCGUAAUAAUUAUCAUAGAUGUAUAAUUAUCAGAGACGGACAAUAUGACAACCACACUUUAAUCAAAUUUUUAACUAACACGACUAUUGAAACAACUCGAAGCACUUUAUUGCUCAUGACAUAUGGUGCCUUUUUUUUUAAACGCAAAUUUAUUGUACAUUUUUUAACCAG